AUGCGUUAUCGAAGUCCAGCACUUCCUUUGAGGACAAGAUCUACGCCUCUCUACUCAUUAGUUUUGGAUUUGGAUGAGACAUUGGUUCAUUGUAGUAUUGAAGAAUUGCCUGAUGCUGCAAUGACUUUUGAAGUUGAAUUUCAAGAUCAAGUUUUCCAGGUUUUUGUCAGAGUUCGUCCUCAUCUUCACGAAUUUCUUGAACGAUUAUCAAAUCAUUUUGAAAUUGUUCUCUUUACUGCGAGUAAGAGAGUUUAUGCAGAGAAACUUUUGAAUUUACUCGAUCCUGGAAAACGAUUUAUUCGUCACCGUCUCUACCGUGAACAUUGUGUAUUUGUUGCUGGCAAUUACAUCAAAGAUUUGAGUAUUCUUGGAAGAGAUCUUUCAAAAACUGUAAUUAUCGACAAUUGCCUUCAAUCAUUUGCCUAUCAAAUUGACAAUGGAAUUCCAAUUGAGAGUUGGUUCGUUGAGAGGAAUGAUACUGAAUUGUUGAAGUUGAUACCUUUUUUGGAGUCUUUAAGUAGAGAGGGUCAAGAUGUCCGUCCACGUAUCCGUGAACGUUAUCGAAUUCAUGAUAUUUUAAACAACAGCUGUGCUUGGACUAACAACAGCAGCAACAAUUCUCUUCUCGAUUCAACAACAAACUCUCAAGAUUUUAGUGAAUAUAGUGUUGGAAAUGAAAGUGAAAUUUAUCCUCAAAAUAUGGAAAUUGAGCAACAACAACAAAUCUGAUGGUAUGAAA